CCAUUCGUGAAAAAUGGAAUCGUCUGUCGGGCGUAUCGUAUGAGAUUUGACGUCUCUCGUUCUCGUUGUGUUUGUCCACAGUGAUAUUUUUAUGAAAGUGGUCGUCCUUCAUGUUUACAAGGGUUCAAUUCAUUUAUAAAAGCUGUUCUAAAUUAAUAUUUCAGUUUUUGUGCAUAAAAAUUCGAAGUCAUGAUGUCCGAUCGAAAGGCUGAGUUGGAGAGGAAGAAGGCGAAAUUGCAGGCCAUCAGAGAAGAGAAGGAACGACGUAGAAGGGAGAAAGAGCAGAAAGAUGUGGAAGAGGCGACAGUGCGAGCAGCUGGAACUGACAAAGACCAUCGCAAGGAACUGGAUGCUAUGCUCUCUUCCCUUGGAGUGGCUCCUGUCUCCGAUGUUUUAUCUAGUCUCUCGAGUAUGAAUUCUCUCGCAUCGGACGUUAGCAAUAAUGCCACUCCUGAUGCAAGUAUGCAACCAUCGAGUAUAACUUCAGCACAAAGUAAUUCGGCAAAGAAAAAAGCAAAUCGUGAAUUAACAGUCGUCUCAGUGGCCCACACAAAUAUUCCGCCAAAAGAGCCAGUGGUGUACAGUAAGCAGACCCAAACAGCGCAAACAGCCCAAACGUCGCACGACGGACUAUCCGCCUCCUCUUCCGCAAACACGAUCUACUCCUACUGUACGACAACGUCACCAACUCACUCUUGCUCCGCAGGCUACUUUGAGACUGACUGGUGGCGUCCCAGGAAAGGUGGGUCUGCACCAAACUACCUAUCUCAUGCAUUCGACUAUUACGACGAGUACAAUCUAAAUCCUGGUUUAGAGUGGGAGGACGAAUUCACAGUUUUGACAUAUGAUGAUGGCCAAGCCGAAGAUGAGGAGAACAGUCUUCCUCACAUGGAUGGUUUCCAAAGCAAGCUACCACCGGGUAUUCUAUCACAUGGCCUGCCACAGGUGAAAGAAGUCCAGCCCGCUGUCACUCAGGUCGAACAGCAGUCAAAGGAAGAGGCGCCCAAAGAAGUCCGAGAAUUGAGCGAAGAAGAGAAACAAAUGUUGAUACUCUCCGAGGACUUUCAGAAAUUUUUGGAUAGAACUAGUAGAAUUGUUGAGAGGGCAUUAGCUGAAUCUGUUAAUAUCUAUGCUGAUUACACUGGAACGCUGGAUGGGGAUGAAGGAAUGGACGAGAAGAGUCACCAGCGCCUCUGGCUGAACCGCUCAUUCUACGACGAGCGUUGGUCUCGCAAUCGCUGUGUGACUUCCCUGGACUGGUCCCCCCAGUUUCCGGAGCUCCUAGCAGCCUCCUACCACCACAACGAUGAUGCCCCCAACGAUCCAGACGGCAUCUGUCUAAUAUGGAAUACAAAAUUCAAGAAAACCACUCCUGAAUUCAUCUUUCACUGUCAGUCACCAGUGAUGUCAACAACAUUCGCACGUUUCCAUCCGAAUUUAAUUCUCGGUGGUACCUACGCCGGUCAAAUAGUCCUGUGGGAUAAUCGCGUUCAAAAACGCACCCCAAUUCAACGAACUCCCCUGUCAGCUAGUGCCCAUACACAUCCAGUCUAUUGUCUGAACGUUGUGGGGACCCAGAAUGCCCACAAUCUUAUAAGCAUCUCCACAGAUGGCAAAAUGUGCUCCUGGAGUCUAGACAUGCUCUCCCAACCCCAGGAGACCCUUGAUCUCCAAGCGAAGCAGUCAAAGCCAAUAGCUGUCACGUGUCUGGCAUUUCCUCAUGGAGAUGUUAAUAAUUUCGUCGUUGGUAGUGAAGACGGUACUGUUUACUCAGCCUGUCGUCAUGGCAUUCGUGCUGGUGUCACUGAGACAUACGAGGGUCAUCAGGGCCCAGUGACAUCGGUCAGUGCGCAUGCUGUCCAAGGGGGCAUUGACUUCUCCCAUUUGUUCCUCACAUCCUCCAUCGACUGGACUAUAAAGCUAUGGAGUCUCAAGGAGAACAAAGCGUUGCAUUCCUUCGAGCACAAUGGAGAUUAUGUUUACGAUGUCGCCUGGUCACCCACUCAUCCCGCACUAUUUGCAGCUGUUGAUGAUUCAGGACAUCUGGAUCUGUGGAAUUUAAAUCAGGAUACCGAGGUGCCAACAGCCAGUGUCGUCGUCGAUGGAGCACCAGCAUUGAAUCGAGUGUCAUGGACACCCAGUGGAUUGCAUGUCACUGUUGGUGAUGAUUCCGGAAAAAUUUGGGUUUACGAUGUCGCUGAAAAUCUUGCUCAUCCACGCGGGGACGAGUGGAACAAGUUCCUGUAUACACAGCAGGAUUUGAAGAAUAAUAAAGCAGAUGAGGAACUUGAUAAACUCAAUUUGAGCUCUGGACCAUCGAGUCUCACUUCAAUGUCGUCUAUCUCUUCAGUGCCGAUCAGAUAAAUCAAGGGGAGAUUGCCAUUUCAAGCGAAUUUUUAUUAGUUGUCCUGGUAUGCAACAUGUCAAAGUGAUUAUUUGUGCCGGCAGAGUAUUAGUUUCAUCUUUCUUUCAAGAUUUUUGUCCGUCUUGAGGUUUUUAAAAAUUUUGUCCAGCCGGUUUUUGCAUAUGUUCUCAAUCGUUUGUUGAUUAUUCGUUCGAAGAAUAGAAAAUGAAUAUUAAUAAUUUUUCAUGCUUAUUGUGUAAAUAAUUGAGAUUAUAUUGAAUUAAAAUUGUCUUUUUUACUCGCUAGCGCUGCAUAAUCGAGGAUUCAUAAAAUAAUCGCAACUAUAAAUAAUUGUAAAAUAGUUUUGUCUCUGGACUUGAAAUUUUAAAAAAUAUCGAAACUGUUCAACCCAAAUAUUUGAGAGAAAGUCCCUGAUAUAAUAUAUUACUCGUCCUCAGUCCUAUUUGCAAGUUCAUGUUUAUUUAUUAAUCAGAAAAUUCCCUAAAAAAAAGUAAAAGCCUCAAAAUAAUAAAGUCCUUUAUGCAGUA